AUGUCAGAACGUAAACGGCAAAGACGAAAUUCAUUAGCUGAGCAGGUUGCAGAAGCUGCCGAGCUUUCACUCCGCCUCCACCCUCGUCCAGAAACACCCAACGAGUUGGUUCACCAUGAUGCUGGAGAAUUCCGUGAUCUUAUCCGUCAUAAAACCACCGCUGCUCAAGCUGAAGCUCUUGAAACCGGUAAGGUUAAUCCAUUCACGGGCGAACCUUUCAGUCAACAAUAUGUCAAAAUUUUAGAAGUAAGACGAGACUUGCCUGUACAUGCUCAAAGAGACCAAUUUUUGGAGACAUUCCAUUCCAGUCAAAUCAUGGUUUUUGUUGGGGAAACUGGGAGUGGUAAAACCACCCAAAUUCCUCAGUUCGUGUUGUACGAUGAAAUGCCACAUUUGACCGGUAUGCAAGUUGCAUGUACCCAACCUAGAAGGGUUGCUGCCAUGAGUGUGGCUGCAAGAGUUGCAGAUGAAAUGGAUGUCAAAUUGGGUGAAGAAGUUGGUUAUUCUAUCAGAUUUGAAAACCGUACCAGUAACAAGACCAUCUUGAAGUAUAUGACCGAUGGUAUGCUACUCAGAGAAGCAAUGGAAGACCACAAUAUGAGCAGAUACUCCUGUAUUAUUUUGGAUGAAGCGCAUGAAAGAACUUUAGCUACUGAUAUAUUGAUGGGUUUACUUAAACAAGUCAGUGUAAGAAGACCAGAUUUAAAGAUUAUUAUUAUGUCUGCUACCUUGGAUGCUGAAAAGUUCCAGAAAUAUUUCAACAAUGCCCCAUUAUUAGCCGUCCCAGGGAGAACCCACCCGGUUGAGAUUUACUAUACUCCAGAAUUCCAACGUGAUUAUGUUGAUGCUGCCAUCCGUACUGUUCUUCAAAUCCAUGCUACGGAAGAAACUGAAGGUGAUAUUCUUCUUUUCCUUACCGGUGAAGAAGAAAUUGAAGAUGCAUGCAGGAAAAUCUCGCUUGAAGGUGAUGAGCUUAUUCGUGAACAAAACUGUGGUCCAUUGAAGGUUUAUCCACUUUACGGUUCUUUACCACCACACCAACAACAAAGAAUCUUUGAACCAGCCCCAGUUAACCCAAAUCCUAAGGGCCGUCCAGGACGUAAAGUCAUUGUUUCUACCAACAUCGCCGAAACUUCCUUAACCAUUGAUGGUAUCGUAUAUGUUGUUGACCCUGGUUUUUCCAAACAAAAGGUUUACAACCCUAGGGUACGUGUGGAAUCACUUCUUGUUUCGCCAAUCUCCAAAGCCAGUGCCCAACAAAGAGCUGGUCGUGCCGGUCGUACUCGUCCAGGUAAAUGUUUCAGAUUAUACACCGAAGAAGCUUUCAAGAAGGAAUUAAUUGAGCAAUCCUACCCAGAAAUCCUUCGUUCUAAUCUUGCAUCCACCGUUCUUGAAUUAAAGAAACUUGGAAUCGACGAUUUGGUUCAUUUUGAUUUCAUGGAUCCCCCAGCACCAGAAACCAUGAUGCGUGCCCUUGAAGAACUUAACUAUCUCGAAUGUCUUUCCGACGAAGGUGAUCUCACUGCCUUGGGUAGAAUGGCUUCCCAAUUCCCCCUUGAUCCUAUGCUUGCCGUGAUGUUAAUUGGUAGUCCUGCAUUCAAGUGUUCAGAAGAGAUUCUUACCAUUGUCGCCAUGCUUUCUGUUCCUAAUGUGUUUGUGAGACCCGCCAGUGCUAGAAAGAGGGCCGACGAAGCCAAAAUGCAUUUUGCUCAUCAAGAUGGGGAUCAUUUGUCGUUGGUUAAUGUUUAUGAAGCAUUCAUCUCCCCACAUACUGCCGAAAUUGGAGCCCACCAAUGGUGCAGAGAUAACUUCUUGAGUUACCGUUCCCUUCAACUGGCCAAGAAUGUCAGAAGUCAACUUAAACGUAUUAUGGAAAAACACGAUUUAGAAAUAAUUAGCGUUUAUGAGCAAGUUCCAGAGGUUGAGUACUGGGAUAACAUACGUAAGGCAUUAACCGCCGGUUUCUUUAUGCAAGUAGCCAAGAAGAAGAGUGGUACUAAGGGAUAUCUUACAGUUAAGGACAACCAAGAUGUUUUGAUACACCCUUCAACUGUGUUGAGUAAAGAAGGGGAAUGGUUGAUUUAUAAUGAAUUUGUGUUGACUAGUAAGAAUUAUGUUAGAACCGUCACUACCGUUAAAGCCGAUUGGUUAGUGGAGAUUGCACCAAAGUACUAUAAUUUGGAUCAUUUUGCCAAGGGUGAUGUUAGAUUGAGUUUGGAAAGAAUUAUUGAUAGAGUAGAAAAGAGUAGAAAGUAA